CAGAGCAGGGGCGGCGCGUCGCGGUCGGGGCGGGAGCCACAAGCGCGGGCUGCAGCGAGCGCGCCGGGACGGCCGCGGGCCGGGGCCGGGGCCGGGGCCGGGGCCGGGCAGGGUGGAGCCGAGCCCCGCGAGCGGCACCGGGACCAGCGCCGCGCCGGGGGCGGAAGAGUUAAGCGGCGGUGGGUGGGUUUUCCCCGCGCCCGCGCUGCCGGAGCCAGAACCGAGCAGCGCCGAGCCCGGCCGGGCGGAGGGGAGCGCCGCAGCCGGCUCGGGCGGGCGGGCGGGCACGCACUCUGGGAAAGUUUGCGGCCGCGGCGGGUCCGGCGGCAGCGCCCGGCAGGCGAGCCCGGCGCGGCUGCAGCCUCGUCCGCGGGACAGGCGGAGCGGAGCGGAGCGGAGCCCCGCGCCCCGGCGCUGCCCGGCUGGACGGCGGCCCCUGCCUCUCCCCUCCGGCACCCGCGCCCGCUCCCAGCCGCCGAUGGAGCCGGCAGCCCCGGGCGCUGAGCGGCUGUGCCCGCCGCCCGACCCGAGCGCAGCCCCGGAGCCCCGGGGCCGGGCGUGAGGGCGCGGCCAUGGCCCCGUCCUGAGCGGCAUGGCCAGCGCGCGGGCCUUCGCGUGGGAGGUCUUGCCGCCCAUGCCCACGGGGCGCGUGUACUGCAGCCCGCUCUACCAGGACGGGCAGCUCCUGGUGCUGGGCGGCUGCGGCACGGCGGGGCUGCCCCUGGACACGGCCGAGCUGCUGGACGUGCGGGCCCAGAAGUGGGUGGCGCUGCCCCCGCUGCCCACGCCACGGGCCGGUGCCACCGCCGUGGCUCUGGGCAAGCAGGUCCUGGUCGUGGGUGGCAUGGACUCGCGGCAGAGCCCCCUGGCCUCCGUCGAAGCCUACAACGCCGACGAGGGCAAGUGGGAGCAGAAGACCUCGCUGGCCCAGCCGUCCAUGGGCAUCGCCGCCAUCAGGAGAGACGGUACGGUCUACGCGCUCGGGGGCAUGGGUGCCGACACCUCCCCGCAGGCACUGGCACGGGUCUACGAGCCGGCCAAGGACCUCUGGCAGCCCCUGCCCUCCAUGCCCACCCCCUGCUACGGGGCCUCCGCCUUUCUGCAGGGCAGCAAGAUCUUCAUCUUGGGGGGCCGGCAGGGCAAGCUGCCCGUCACAGCCUUCGAGGCCUUUGACCUGGAGGUGAGGAGCUGGACGCGCUUCCCCAGUGUGCCCAGCCGCCGUGCCUUCUCCAGCUGCGCCAUGGCUGAGGGCUGCUUCUUCAGUCUCGGGGGCUUGCAGCAGCCUGGCCCCCACAACUUCUACUCCCGGCCCCACUUUGUCAACACCGUGGAGAUGUUCGACCCCGAGCAGGGUGCCUGGGUGAAGCCGAGCCGCACCAUCCGCAUGCGGGACAAGAGGGCUGACUUCGUGGCAGGCUGCCUUGGUGGGCGAGUAGUGGCGGUGGGCGGCCUCGGGAACCAGCCGUGCCCUCUCGACUCGGUGGAAGGAUUUAGCUUGAGCAGGAAGAAGUGGGAGCCGCUGCCACCCAUGCCCACGGGCCGCUGCUCCUGCUCCAGCUUCCAGGCACAAAACCUGCUCUUUGUGAUCGGUGGGGUGGCGCAGGGGCCCAGCAGCGCUGUGGAGGCACUGUGCCUGCGGGAGGGGGCCUGACAACAGCUCUCAGCACCAAGGAUCCAGCAGCAGGCCUGAGGACCAAGUGCCUGAAGACGGCGGCGGGGAGCAAAAGCUGUAGUUGCUGUGGCGGGCACCAGAGCAGUGACGUUUUCUUUCACUGUUUAGAAAACUAAUUUCAGCUUCUUCAAGUCUAGAGUAGCUCGGUGGUGGGCGCUGGCUCUGUCUUGCCUGGGAAUGGGGGAGAAUCGGCUCCAUCCACCCCCUCAGUGGAGCGGGGAGGGACAGUCCUCGGCAGAGGCAAGCUGGCAUCCUGCCCUUGCUGGCCUAAGCUGCCUGUUGUCCAGUUUGGGUGUCUGUGCCGUCCUUUUGCAGCUGUAUCGUGUGCCGCACAGUGAGGAGAGAGGAGGAGAGGGGCUAUAUGCUCAUAGCGAGCGCUGUGUCGUUGUAGACCCAGUCUGUGUCUCAUGUAGCACAUCGGGUGCCCUGUAGCUCAGUGCCUAGGAGGUGACGUAGCACCUCAAAUAAACCAACAAGUGGAGUUUUA